AUGGACCCUUCAGUCCCCGAAAAUCCCGAAGCGUCGAGCUUCAAGGAUGAAGCCAGCCCACAAGCAAUUAAGACCGAAGCAGGACGGGGUGCUGAUACCCACGCUGAAUAUGCCUCCAACUCCGAUACAGCAAGCCAAGAAGACAAACCUAAGCUGCGUACCGGCGGCAAGCCCGAGCUAACAGAAGAUGACUGCUACGAAAAGCUCGGCUUCUGCUUCCCAACAUGGAAGAAAUGGAUGAUUCUCUCCGUUAUUUUCGCGGUUCAAAUGUCCAUGAACUUCAACACAGGCGUCUACUCCAACGCCGUCCCCGGCCUGACCGAAGAAUUUCAUAUCAGCGAACAAGCCGCGCGAGUUGGGCAGUGUGUGUUUCUAGUUGCAUAUGCAUUCGGAUGUGAGCUGUGGGCACCAUGGAGUGAGGAAUUCGGCCGCUGGCCCAUCAUGCAGCUCUCACUUCUUUUUGUGAACAUUUGGCAAAUCCCAUGCGCCCUCGCACCAAACUACGGCACAAUUGUCGUAUGCCGUGUCCUCGGCGGUCUCAGUUCUGCCGGAGGCUCAGUCACCCUCGGCAUGACGGCGGAUAUGUGGGAAGCCGACGAUCAAGGCUACGCGGUAGCCUUUGUUGUUCUCUCGUCCGUAGGCGGGUCAACCGUCGGACCCUUCUUCGGCGGUAUGAUCGGCCAAUGGCUCACAUGGCACUGGGUAUUCUGGAUCCAAUUGAUCGUCGGAGGUGUAACCCAGAUUCUGCACUUCUUCAUCGUGCCGGAAACACGCACGACAAUUCUUAUCGACCGUGAAGCGAAACGGCGUCGUAAGAAUGGAGAGGAUAUCUGGGGCCCGGACGAACUGAAAACCCCGCGCCUGGACUAUCACGACGUACUACGGAUCUGGAUCCGGCCAUUCGUGAUGUUCGUCCGCGAGCCAAUCGUCCUUUUCCUCUCCCUGCUGUCGGGUUUCUCCGACGCCUUAAUCUUCGUCUUCACCGAGUCCUUCGCAUUAGUCUUUGCACAAUGGUCAUUUAGCGUUCUAGCCAUCGGUCUAACCUUUGCCUCAAUCCUAAUCGGCUACAUAAUAGCAUACGUAAUUUAUUUGCCCGACAUUCACCGGCAAAUCCAAACACGGCGCCAAUACGGCACAGCCAGCCGUCUCGCCGAGCGCCGUCUCCUCCUUCUCCUCUUCAUUGCACCCCUCGAACCAAUCGGCCUACUCGGCUUCGCCUGGACAUCAACCGGCCCACCAAUCCCAUGGAUCGCGCCGUGCAUCUUCGCCUGUCUGAUCGCAAUGGCAAACUAUGCAAUCUACAUGGCGACGAUAGACUACAUGGUUGCGGCGUACGGGCCGUACUCUGCGUCUGCAACGGGAGGUAAUGGCUUUGCGAGAGACUUCCUAGCUGGUAUCGCGACCAUGUACUCCACGCCCAUGUACCAGAACAUUGGGAAAAGGUAUCAUCUCCAGUGGGCGAGUACGCUGCUAGGCUGUGUGGGCUUCUUGGUCUUAAUUCCGAUUUAUGUGUUCUACUGGAAGGGCCCGGAUAUUAGGGCUAAGAGUAAAUUCGCGCAGCAGCUUGCUGCUGAUCGGGAGAGGAAUACUGAGAGUAGGAGGGCUAGUCGGGCUAGGGCUUCGGUUGGGGCAUAA